AUGGCUUCGUGGUUCCAAAUUCCCAAGAACUCUCCCUUUUCGCUGGCCAACAUUCCGUUCGGCAUCAUCUCAGCACAGUCCGCUGCAAAAGUAGCCGCAAUUGCCAUCGGUGACCAUGCGCUGAACUUGAGCACAUUCGCCUCUUCAGGAGGUUUCUCUCAGCUUCCUGCAAUUCAGCAACACUUGGCUGUCUUCAACCAGCCAACACUGAACGACUUCGCUGCUCUCGGUCGCCCUGUGCACAAGCAGGUCCGCGAGUACCUGCAGAACGUCUUCCGUGCCGACACACAAUUCCCGCAGAUCCUGAAGGACAAUGCUUCUCUCCAGAAGUCAGCUCUUCUUCCUCUGUCUGAGGUCACCAACCACGUUCCCAUGCAGAUUGGUGACUACACCGAUUUCUACGCCGGUCUGAACCACGCCUACAACAUUGGAGUCCUCUUCCGUGGCCCAGACAAUGCCCUCCAGCCCAACUAUAAGCAUCUGCCGGUAGCCUAUCACGGCCGUGCGUCAUCAGUUGUGGCCUCUGGCACCCCUCUCCACCGUCCCCAGGGUCAAAUCCUGGCCAACCCUACCGCCGACCCCAAGGUGCCUACUUUCUCUCCUUGCAAGCGUCUCGAUAUUGAACUCGAGCUUGCCUGCUUUAUCAGCAAGCCCAAUGACCUCGGAAAGCCCGUUCCCAUUGACGAGGCCGAGGACCACAUCUUCGGUGUUGUUCUCAUGAACGAUUGGUCCGCCCGUGAUAUCCAGGCUUGGGAGUACAUUCCCCUCGGUCCUUUCAACGCGAAGAACUUCGGCACAACCAUCACCCCUUGGGUUGUCCUAAUUGAUGCUCUUGAGCCCUUCCGUGCCGCCGGUCUGGAGCCUGGCAACCGCGAGUCUCUCCUCCCCUACCUGCGCGAGAAGCGCGCCGAGAAUGCCUACGAGAUUCCUCUCGAUGUCGAGGUCACCAACCCCGGUGGCAAGCCCACCAUCAUUUCCAAGAGCAAUGCUCGCAACCUGCUCUACUCUUUCCCUCAGAUGGUUGCUCACCACACUAUCACCGGUUGCAAUUUGCGUACUGGUGACUUGCUUGGAUCCGGUACUAUCUCUGGUACUGAGUCGAAGACUGAGGGCAGUUUCUUGGAACAGACCAAUGGCAAGAAGCCAAUUGUCCUGGCUGAUGGCUCUGAACGUAUGUUCCUCGAGGACGGAGACACUGUUACUCUGCGCGGUAUGGCCGGUACAGAAGGCAACUACGUCGGCUUUGGUGACUGCGUUGGCACUAUCCUGCCUGCUAUCUCACUGAAUUAA